GGAGGAGGCGGCGGCGGCGGCGGACGACGACGGAGAGGAGGAGCAGCAAGCAGCAAGCAGCAGCAGAAGCAGCAGCAUCGCCUCGCCAGAUCGCCCGCCCGCCUGCUCGCCUGCAUUGAGCUCAGCGCCGCCCGAACGUCCUCAAUCCGGGCUGGAGCGAAAGUGAGCAGGGCCGGACGGAGGGGACCGCUCGUUCUCCGACCCUCUCUCCACGAGACAAGAGGGGCGAGAUCAAAAGGACAAGCCGGUCCUCGCCAGACCGAGACAGACAGCAAGCAAAGCAGCAGCGCUUUUUUUUUUUUCUUUCCGCCUCUACCGGUUCGCUGCUGGGCAAAGGGGAAAUAUCUGAGACUCCCGGGGAUCUUCUUCUUCUUCUUCGCCUCCUCUGGCUUUUGUGGCGGACCAUGGACAGAAAGGCAUCGGCUUCCCCGGCGCCAGGAGUUGCCGCUUGGAUCCCGGACGGAUCUCCCCAGGGUUACUAAACCAGCCUUUUUUCCCCCCCUUCUCUCCUUCCAGAUCCCUUUUUAUCCCACCCCCCGUUGCUCGUUUUGGGGGUGGGUGGGGGGCAGAGGUUUUUUUUUCUUUCUCCCACGGAAGAGAGAGGGGGGGUCCGGGGGCAUUGCUUUCUCUCUCGCCCCCUUCUUUUUAUAACUUUUUUCCCUCCCUCUCUUUCUCUCUCUCUCUCCCCCACCACCGCCCCUUCCCCGAAGAUCUACUUCUCUCUCUCUCUCUCUCGCUUUCCUCUCCCCUGUUUUUUUUUUGGCUGCGGGGCCCAGAGAGCAUUUUUUCUUCUUCUUCUUCUUUUUUUGGUCCCCCCCUAAAACUUGGGGGGGCGUCGGGAGGGAGGGAGGGGAGGGGGGCGCGAGGGAAAAAAAGGAAGCCCGGAGCGAAAGAGAAAAGAAGGCGCAUCCAGAAAGCCGGGAAAUGUGAGAUCGUGGCUGGCUCCUUCUCGCCCCUCCGGCGUUAAAAAGAGAGGAACCGUCUGAACCAGGGAAAAAAAGGGGAUUGUGGGGAGGGGAGAGGAGAGAGAGAGAGAGGGCUGCCUUUUUGGAAUCGCCCCCCCUCUCUCCCUUGUGCUUGGAAAGAGCCCCCACCCCCCAAAAAAACCCCCACCACCCCCCAAGGCUGGAAUUGGGGCGCCUUUCCCGCGGGGCCCCCCAAGCAAAAGGAAAAAUUGGGCGCCGCAGGAACCAGGGACGCGGGGGGACCUCCGCAGGCAAGCCGCCGAAGAUGGAGACGGUCCCUCGAAGCGGUUUCCAACCUCACCCCGGUUUGCAGAAGACCUUGGAGCAGUUUCAUCUCAGCUCCAUGAGUUCCUUGGGUGGCCCCGCUGCUUUCUCGGCUCGUUGGGCUCAGGAGCUUUACAAGAGGGAGAGCGCCAAGGAGGCAGCGGUGGCUGUGUCGGUCUCCUCCUCAUCCUCAUCUUCAUCCUCCUCCGUGAUGGCCCCUGAGCAUCCUUUGCCUCCUCUGCCUCCCAUCCCACCACCACCUCCUCCGGUGAUGCCGGGCCCUUUCUUCAUGCCUUCGGACCGCUCGACGGAGCGCUGCGAGACCGUCCUGGAAGGCGAGACCAUCUCCUGCUUCGUGGUGGGUGGCGAGAAGCGGCUCUGCCUGCCCCAGAUCCUCAACUCGGUCCUGCGCGACUUUUCCCUCCAGCAGAUCAACGCCGUCUGCGACGAGCUGCACGUCUAUUGCUCCCGCUGCACCGCUGACCAGCUGGAGAUCCUCAAAGUCAUGGGCAUCCUGCCCUUCUCGGCGCCCUCCUGCGGCCUCAUCACCAAGACCGACGCCGAACGCCUUUGCAACGCCUUACUCUACGGGGGAGCCUUCCCGCCUGGCCGCUGCAAGAAAGAGCUAGCCGGGGUUGGCACUGCCAGCGCCUUGGAGCUGGAACUGGAGCUCACCGAGCGGAGCUUCAAAAUCUACCACGAGUGCUUUGGCAAAUGCAAAGGCCUGUUGGUACCCGAGCUCUACAGCAGCCCCGGUGCCCCUUGCAUCCAGUGCCUCGACUGCCGGCUCAUGUACCCGCCGCACAAGUUUGUCAUCCAUUCCCACAAAGCCCUGGAGAACCGAACUUGCCACUGGGGCUUCGACUCGGCCAACUGGCGAGCCUACAUCCUCCUCAGCCAGGAUUAUGCCAGCAAGGAAGAAAAAGCCAGGCUGAGCCAGUGCCUGGAUGAGAUGAAGGAGAAGUUUGACUACAGCCAUCGGUACAAGAGGAAGGCGCCCAGGGUCCCGUCCGAUCCUCCUGUCCCCAAGAAACCCAAAACAGACGAUGCCCUGCAGUCUCCUUUACUGGGGGACAAAGAGAAGCAGUCCAGCUGGCUACGAUCCUUGUCAAAUUCAUCCAGUAAGAAUAUUGGGUGUCUCCAUCCCCGGCAGCGUCUUUCUGCAUUCCGGCCCUGGUCCCCCGCAGUUUCAGCCAGCGAGAAAGAUGUCACCAACCACAUCCCUACGUUGAUCAGAGACAGUUUCUAUUCGUAUAAAAGUUUUGAGAACUCCGUCGCACCCAACGUGGCGCUGGCCCCCCCUCCUCAGCCAAAGAUCGUGAGCAACCCACUGUGCCCCCCAGCUGCCUUGCGGAAUGCCGAGCCCCUCAGCAGCCCUCCUCAACUCCGGAAAAGGAAACACGUCGUCGCCGAACACCCAGCCGUGCCCGAACCGACACCCACCGUCGCUGCCGUGCCCGCCGUCGCUGCUCCCGCUCCUGCCGUGGAAGAAGAGAAAGAAUCCGAAGCCGAGAUAGAAGUGGAAACGCGAGAAGAAUUCACUUCUUCCCUGUCCUCGCUCUCGUCCCCGUCCUUCACCUCUUCGAGUUCAGCCAAGGAUAUGAAUUCCCCCAGCCUGCAAGUCCAGCCUGCCGCCGGCAACGCCGUCUUUGAAGUGUCAAGUCACGCCGAGCCUCAGAACGGGCCCAACGGGCUGGAAGCCGAGCUGGAGCAUCUGAGGCAGGCCUUGGAUGGCGGUCUGGACACGAAAGAAGCCAAAGAGAAAUUCCUCCACGAGGUGGUGAAGAUGAGGGUGAAGCAGGAGGAGAAACUCAACGCCGCCUUGCAGGCCAAGCGCAGUCUCCACCAGGAGCUGGAGUUCCUCCGCGUGGCCAAGAAGGAGAAGUUGAGGGAGGCAACAGAAGCCAAGCGCAACCUGAGGAAGGAGAUCGAACGCCUCCGGGCGGAGAACGAGAAGAAAAUGAAAGAGGCCAACGAGUCUCGGAUAAGGCUCAAGCGGGAACUGGAGCAGGCCCGACAGGUCCGGGUAUGCGACAAGGGCUGCGAGGCCGGCCGUCUACGAGCCAAAUACUCAGCACAGAUCGAAGAUCUGCAGGUGAAGCUCCAGCACGCGGAGGCAGACCGAGAACAGCUGCGCACCGAUCUUUUGCACGAGCGCGAAGCGCGCGAGAACUUGGAAAAAGCCGUCAAGGAACUGCAAGAGCAACUCUGGUCAAAGCAUAACGAUCUGCCCAACAGCGCGCACACCCCGAAAGACCCCGAGAACUGAGACCCACCCACCCACCCACCCGCACCCCGGCCCAAGACCGGUGGAAUCCUGCUGUGGCCCGAGGGCCGAUCCGUGCAUAGUAAGCAAGACUGCGUGGAAGAGGCGUUUCCCCAUCCCUGCAUGUAGCUAAACCAUGGAUCUGGUUCUUAAAUCGGAGGGCAAAUGAUGUUACUCUUUAUAACGAAAAGCACUGAAUUCUGCCUCUUUUUUUUAAAAUCCGUAUAGCACAACAUUUUCCUGUGCCUAUAACGUGAAAAGUGUUUAUAAAUCUACUCUUUUGAGUCUGCAGCAAAAAAAAAAAAAGGAAAAAAAAAUUAAAAAUGUAUUUUUCUUUUCUACUGGGGAAAAAAAAAAAAGAAAAACCUAUCCGGUCAGCAGCAUUUGUGGAAAUAAGGGACAAGCUUCGAGGGCUGCUACAAAUAUAUAUAUAUAUAAAUAUAAAUAUAUGUAUGUGUAUCCACACACCCACAUACGUAAACACAGAAACCCCAACAAGCCCUUUUGUUAUAAGCUAUUUCAAAAUGCAAACCGUUUAAAGUCUAGACGACGUAUUAAAAAUCAUUGACAAGAUUUUUUUUUUUUUAAAUAAAAAAUAAAAUAUAUUAUAUAUGAAUGCUGGGGUCAGGGGUGGGAUACUUUUGAUGCCUAGUGUGUAAACAGGUGUUGGAAAGUGUUUCAGGAAAGAAAAAAUAGCCAUGAAUGAUUUCAAAUCAAGGGAUUUUUUUUUUAAAGGAGAAUUUCCAAUUUUGGGAUUUUUUUUUCCCCACUCCCUUUCUCCAGGUUUCAGCCUCUUUUGUUUUCCCUACGUUUUGAUCAUUAAAAAAAAAAAGAGAGGAUGUUUGUACGUUUAGGAAUAGAACUCUGUCCUAAAUAAACCCAGCCUUAUGAAAUUUCAGUGUUUUGUUCCUCGCAAAGACUUGCUUUGACUCCAAAGCACUUCUGAAUUUAGCAAACAAUAACCCAUCACGUCGAAAAAAAAAAAAAAAAGAACGAGAAGGAAGAAGUUCGAAUCUGAAAAAAGGAACAGCUGGAUCGAUUCCCUCCCCCCUCCCGGUUGCUUGCGAGCAAGACGCGGGAACGAGUGAAUGGCACACGCGUGUGGGGUUUUUUGGGGGGAGGAAAAAAAAAACCAACCCGCCUUCCGUUUUGCUCAGCGAAUUCAUUCCACUUUUUUUGAUCCACGACCGCCUCCAAAUUUUGCAGUGUUUGACUGACGGACUCCUCCUCCGGGACUUGCCGCCGCCACGCCGCAGCCCGGAGAGCGUUGGGUGCCCUUUGAACGAACGAGACUUUCGCCUUUGUAUUAAAAGAGACAAAAAGACUUUUGCUGCUGUGAAUAAGCCGACUUUUGUUUAUUCUUUCGGGAUCUCUCUCUCUCUCUCUCUUUUUUUUUUUGGGUUGGUCACGGGGUGGUUUUGUUUGUUUGUUUGUUUGUUUCUCAUCUGACAAAUGCUUUAAUCUUGGGAUUGGAAGGUGCCAGCAGUUUCCGCGUCCUAGCAGAGUGCAGCCAGAACAUGCUCAGGGGAGGCUUUGCUCUGGCCUGAGCAGAGGGGUCCCCUCCCCAAUUUAAGACAUACACAUAAAAAACACACACAGAUUUUUUGGGUGAAUGGGGAGAAAUUUGAAGUCCCCCCGUCCCGUCCCGUUUGCUCCCGUGCCUCCUUUCCAACCAUCUUGUAAAAGCCAGCAUGGUUGGCUGGGGAAUUCUGGGAGUGGAAGUCCACACGUAUCGCAUAAAGGACCGGCUGCAAGUGUGCAAUGCCUUGACAGCCACUGGGGGCGCAAGGAACACGGGUAACUUGCCCUCCCAGGGGAUCGCGAGAUCCGCCUUGGCUGCCAUAUUACAGAAUUGUCACGGGUUAGGGUGAGUCUGGAGCUGCCAAGAGCCACUUCACGAUCCUCGAAAGAUCGGUGGCUCUAAUGGUGGAGAGGGAGAUGGUGAGGCCUGUCGGAAGCCAGCCACUGACCGUAGUUUGCUCUUAAGCCAGAAUCCUUUCCGCCCUACAUACCAGCUUGUUUUGCUAGGCUCAAUUCCGAGGAGCGACAGCUGUUUCGUAAGGCCCAGCCUAUACCAGGAUGAAGGAACUGCAUUCACACGUCUCGCAAAGCCUAAAGCCAAGAAUAAGUUGCGCAAAAGGGAGCAACGUAUUCUUGGCUUGUUCGAUUUGCUACCCCACCCCCCUUCUCCAUGAUGGCUUAUUUUGGCCCGGUUUGAUUGCAGACACGGGCAGGACAGAAAAACACAUCAGGAUGAAGCCAGAAAAGCCGAAACAUUAAGUUUGCAUUCCCCUUUUUGCACGUUGCAUAAAAGCCAUAUCUGCAGCUGAGAAGCUGACAACAAACUGGGUUUCAAACUGAAGUUUAUUGGCCUAAACCAAACCUUGGGGGUUUUUUUCCCCCCUUGCCACUGCUUGAAUAUUUUUAACGAUGCCAAAACCAAAUCAAAGCAACCACAUUCUGACUUUACCCAACAAAAUUCCAAAUUUUCCUUCCCAUUUCACUGUUCUUAAAGCACAGAAGGGAAACGUGGUUUUUUUUUCCCCUCCCUCCGGUAUUCACACUGCGGCAGCCUGUCCUAAAAUUAAAGUAUUAAUUUGCAGUACACUAAAGGAAAAGAAAAAAAAUGUAUUAAUUUUUUUUUUUUUUAAAAAAGCUGUUAUUAUCCAUUCUAAUAGCCAUUGUAAGCAUGAAUGUUGAAAAGGAGGAAAGUACAUUUAGGGAAGUGGGUGGGAGACUGGUUAAGCAACCAUAUAAAUACAAAGGAAGAUUUAUUAGAGAAAAAAAAAAAAGGAAUCAGGUUACUUAGGCAAAAAAUAAAUAAAAUACACGAAAAGCACGAAACCGCUCAGCGAACUUGCUUGCAUGAUACAACUUUUGUCUAAGUUUGAGGUCUCUGCCCUUCUUCCUUUGCAAUGAAUGGGUUCAGCUCUAAAAGUGCAAUGCAAAAAAAAAAAGAAGAAAAAAAAAGAAAAAAAAAGGAAUAUUGUGUUUAUGCAGUUAUUUUUUUAAUGUGAGGUUUUUUUUUAAAAGAAAUUGCUUCUUUGUAUGUUUUUUUUUUCCUGCAGUUAUUAAAAAGAACAUAUGCAUGAAAUUAAAAUUUUUACCAUACAUAUAUUAACUAAA